AAUUGACAAAUAAGGAGGUGAGGGAAGAGUGUGUAUAAAUAAAAGCAUGGGUGAGUAGAGUUUUGGUGGUGAGGAAGGCGAAGCAAUUAACAUUAAUGGGGAGAUCUGCAUGCUGUGACGAGAAUGGCCUCAAGAAAGGACCUUGGACUCCCGAAGAAGACCAAAAGCUGGUUCACUACAUUAAACGACAUGGCCAUGGCAGUUGGAGAGCUCUCCCUAGGCUUGCAGGUCUGAACAGAUGUGGCAAAAGCUGUAGGCUAAGGUGGACGAAUUACUUGAGGCCUGAUAUCAAGAGGGGCAAAUUUUCUCAAGAUGAAGAACAAACAAUCCUGCAUUUGCACUCCGUACUCGGAAACAAGUGGUCAGCCAUUGCAACACAUCUGCCAGGGCGCACUGAUAACGAAAUCAAGAACUUCUGGAAUACCCAUUUAAAGAAAAAGCUGAUUCAAAUGGGCAUUGAUCCAAUGACCCAUCAACCCAGAACUGACAUCUUUGCUAGCUUGCCUCAGCUCAUAGCCCUUGCUAACCUUAAAGACCUCCUGGAAAACAGUCCUCAUCUAUUCGAUGACCAAGCUUUAAUAUUACAGGCAGAAGCUGCUCACUUGGCUAAGCUUCAAUACAUGCAAUUACUCCUCCAUUCUGCUGCUUCAACGACGACCAACGACGACUCGUUAUCUUCACCAAAUGGCAUUGCAGACAUGGAAGCUCUCAACUUAUUAAGUUCACCAGUUCCAGCUCAUGUCAAAGAAAACCCAGUUAUUCCAAAUUCAUCCCAAUUUUCUGUGGGAAAUGCUUCUUCUCAACAACUCCACCAUCCCACCCUGUUACCUCACUUACUAGACCCACAAGUCCCUUUCAGUUUCCAAACAUCGUUGAAUAAUGAAAACACUGAGAUGGGGAACUGUUCCAGCUUUACAAUGCUCAGCCAGGGAGAUAACCAAACCGAUAACUCAUCGUCAUGGCUUCUUCCAUCCCCUACCAUUCCUCCAACAGCCACCGACACAUCACUAAGCAAUCCAGGAGAUGUGAGCAGUAAUUCUAGCAACAAUAAUGGCGCCGCCUCUCCUUACUGGCCUGAACUCUAUUUCGACGACUCCAUCAUGCAUGAGAUUUCUUAGACAGUAUUGUUGGAGUUUGUAUUUCCCAUUGUUAAUUUUCUGUUACUGUAGAUAGCUAUGGCAUCCAUCUCGUGCUUUACAUGCAUGCAUGAUUACCCUGUAUCACCCCCAAACAUCUAUGUAUAUUUAUUUAUAUAUACAGCUUAUAUGUGUAUGCAUAAUUUUGAGAUAAUAA